AUGGACGUGUCGACUAUCCAGAACAAGUUCCUUUCGAGAGGCAACGAGCUCGGUCUCGUGGCUGUUGGCUUCUCAGGCGGACAGUGCAGACCAGGCACAGAUGCUGCACCCAUGGCUCUGAUAGAAUCAGGUCUGGUUUCGCAGCUUUCCGACGACCUGGGCUACGAUGUCAAGUAUGACGGCAAAGUACAUGCCUACGGCGACCUCAUGCCACCAUCAGACGAUGACCCCGACUACCGUGGCAUGAAGAAACCUCGCGCCGUCUCAGCAGUUACCAAGCAACUCAGCUCCCAAGUCUACGAUCACGCUCGCGACGGUCGCUUCGUCCUCACCCUAGGCGGUGACCACUCGAUCGCAGUCGGAACCAUCAGCGGCACAGCCAAGGCAACAAAGGAGAGACUAGGAAGAGACAUUGCAGUGAUCUGGGUCGACGCACACGCAGACAUCAACACCCCCGAGACAAGCGAUAGCGGAAACAUUCACGGUAUGCCGGUAAGCUUCCUAAGUGGAUUGGCAAAGGAUGACGAGGACAAGCCAUUCGGCUGGCUCAAGGACGAACACCGCAUAUCGACUACGAAGUUGGUCUAUAUCGGCCUACGCGACGUGGAUCGAGGCGAGAAGAAGAUUCUCAGGGAUAACAACAUCAAGGCUUUCAGCAUGCAUGACAUCGAUCGUCACGGCAUUGGAAAGGUGAUGGACAUGGCGUUGGGGUGGAUUGGUAGAGAUACGCCAAUUCACCUGUCGUUUGACGUGGACGCGCUGGAUCCAAUGUGGGCGCCGAGUACAGGCACGCCGGUGCGAGGCGGUUUGACGUUGAGGGAGGGCGACUUCAUUGCGGAGUGUGUUCACGAGACUGGGAGCUUGAUUGCGCUGGAUUUGGUUGAGGUUAACCCGAGCCUGGAGGAGCAUGGUGCGGCGGAGACGGUGAGAGCUGGAUGCAGUAUUGUGAGAUGUGCUCUUGGUGAUACGCUUCUAUGA